GUCACCUUUUUUCAGAUUCAGAUUACUAGUCAGUCUCAGCCCAUUUUACAUACCUAAAACUAUAGAUUACCAAAAAAUUACAAAAUAUAAUAAAUUUAAAAAAAAUUGUCUGCUAUACAGGACAAUUGUAAUCUAAUUAGGUAGCUGGAGGAUGCAGUGAGAAUGUCUUUGUUUAAGACAAGAGACUGGUGGUCCGCUAGUGUUGGGGAAGAUGAAGAGUUUGACCUUGGCUGUAUGUGUAUUGGAAACAUUGACAACUCAACACAUGGUUACGAUAAAGUGGUAAUUGGCAGCUAUCAGGGAGUUUUAAGGAUCUACAACCCUAACCCAAACUCUAGCACAAAUGGCGUAAGCUCUGCAGAAGACUUGGUUCUUGAACAAGCUUUUAAACAACCCAUUUUACAGGUGGAAAUUGGAAAAUUCUCAUCGGCCUCAGAAGUUUUAAAGCUGGCUGUUCUACACCCCAGGAAAAUUGCUGUCUACAACACCACUGAAAUUUCUGGAACUGUUGAGCAUGGAAGUCAGUACCAGUUCUCUUUGUUGUAUGAACAUACUCUACAGAGGACUGCAUUUAACUUUUGUUAUGGGCCCUUUGGUGGGGUCAAAGGUAAAGACUUCCUGUGUGUCCAGUCGAUGGAUGGAACAGUCAGCAUAUUCGAGCAGGAAAGUUUUGCCUUUAGCCGCUUUCUGCCUGGGGCUCUGGUACCUGGACCAAUCAAAUACCUGCCCAGGCUUGAUUCAUUUCUCACUGCUUCUUCUGCUUGGAGGCUGGAAUCUUACAGGUAUCAAGUGCUGGCUGUUGCCUCAGAUACAGCAGGGAAAGAUGAGACACAAAAUGUCAAGUCUGGCAAGAAAGUUGCGGUGGACUGGUCCUACAACAUUGGUGAGCAGGCUAUUGACAUCUGUUACAUGGAAUACUCUGGCAUGGCGCCAUCUAUACUGGUACUUGGGGAGAGAACAAUUUUCUGUUUGACUGAUAAUGGGAUGUUGAAGUUUGCCAAGAAACUGGAAUAUGAUCCAUCUUGCUUGUUGCCUUAUGCUUCCUUGGUAGAGAACAAAGUCAACUACCUGGUGGGAGCACACACCAAUUCUCUGCUCGUCUACCAAGACUCCCAGCUCAAGUGGAUGGCCAAGUCACAGUUUGUUCCUGUUCAACUCAGGGUUGGAAAUUUUAAUGGAGUCAGAUCAGCUGUUGUUGCACUCAGUGAGACUGGAAGGUUAGAGGUCAUGUACCUGGGCACAGAUCCCGCCAUUUUUGUCCCACCCCAGGUGGACUCAAGGGACGUUAACUACGCUGCUCUUGAUGCUGAGAUGGCUCAUCUGAUGAAACAUGUCAAGUCCAAAAGUCAGAGCUCUGUGCUGGCACCAACAAUUAAACCAGAGGAUGAUUUGUCAUUACAUGUCCAUGUCAGCCCAAACCUAGAUGAUGUGUCGUUGGCCUCUAGCUUACAGUUGGAAGAUAUGGAUGGUAUCCCAUCUGUAACUGUACGGAUCCAGAUGAAGUCUCGUCUUGUCCUGGAAAAUGUCAAGCUGGAAAUGAUUUGUCCUUGGCCUUUAGGCUGCAACCAAUCAGAGUUUACCAUCCCAAAAGUUGAUCCCAACAGCCCAUCCGAGACGUUUGUUGCUGUUUUCCAGCGUUGGUCAGGUCUGCCCUCCCACCUCUACCUGCACAUUUCUGCCACCUUUUCAUCAGCCUCAGGUGGACGUCGAGUAGUGACAUCUCGUGCCAACCUGCCAUCCAAACUUGUCCUCAAACCUGUGACGCCUGUGAAAACUGCAGCCCAGAAAUUAACAGUCGACACCAACAGACCACCUGUCAGUUUGAAUGAGCUUUUCCCAGACAUGCUUGGUGAGAAUGCUGGAGGUCAAGGGUCAGCCAUUGGAUUCCAGUACUAUGGUGGGGGUCCAGUUGUUACAGUUCUUGCUUCAAAAACAUCACAGAGGUACCGCUUACAGAGUGACCAACUAGAGACCAUGUGGCUGCCGUUGAAAGAAUUGGUGGCCCGACUCAAUGGCCACUACAAAAAGGGAUCUCAGACUGAUUUUAGGGUCUCUUUUGAUGGGGCUUUACCAUUGGAGGAUUAUUUUCAGAUUGUUGAUCAUCAUUUUGAACUGAGACUCGCUGCCGUACAAUGCCAGGAUAUGUUGGCGCAAAGAGCUGCCCAAUUCCGAGUCAUUCAGAAACGUCUGCUGACCCGGUUUAAAGACAAGACACCAGCUCCAUUACUUAAUCUGGACACUUUACUGGAGGGCACGUACAGACAGAUCCUGGCUUUGGCUGACCUAGCGGAGGAGACGAGGAGAGCUGAGUUGCUGGCUGCCAGUCACCUGAGCUCUGGAACUUACCUGAUCAACUUCCUGCUUAAGUUGUGGCUGGAUCUUUCAGAGGAGGAGUUCCAGGUUCUACAGUCAGCCAUGACACCUGUUGUUGGCACCUGUGAGGAUCAGGGUUGGGAAGAGUCUGUGGAUGCGGCCUUGACCCACUUGCUGAGAACUGUGCUGGCCAAGUCCAGCAAGGACCAGGCUGUGAACCCCAGCCCUCUAGCACUGCCCCAAGACACGAGCAGGCUGAAGAAACACAUUGCCUUGUUCUGUGACAGACUUGGGAAAGGUGUUGCUCUGGUGGACGGCAUCAAAGAUCGAGGUGAAAAAUCCCGUCAAGUUUCUGCAGCAAAGAAAGAUGACCUUGACCCUAGUGAGACUCCACUGAGUGGAAUGUUGAAACACAGACAGACCAACAAACAAACCAACAAAAAGAAAACCUUACAGCCCCUGGGUGUUCCUCAAAUGGAUGUUCCUGUCUCUGGUCAAGACAGAGAAUUUGAUAAGAAAAUACAGAAGUUGGUUCCUGAUCUGGACAGUUUAACUCAGGACAGCUGAUAGCAGUGGUGUGGACAGUUCAGUCAAAUGGACAGUUGUAGACAUGACACACUGGGGCACCAUGUAGACACACUGGGGCAUCAUGUAGACACACUGGGGCAUCAUGUAGACAUGA